ACCAUGAAUCAGUAUCUCUAAAGAAAGCAAGGCGUCAUGGUCAAACUUGACAGGUUUAACAGACUUACUAAAAUAUGUUCACUGAUUGGAUUUUGUAUCUCUACUUAUGCUUUAUACGUGGAAAUUUCUUUAGAAAAGUACCCAAAAUUUAAGCCUUACUGUAAUGUAAUGAAACACAUUAAUUGUUCACCAGCUUUUACUUCUCGAUUUGCUAAAGGAUUUGGAGUUUUUGGUUAUUUAUUAGGAAAUGACUCAAUAAUCAAUGUACCAAAUGGACUUGUUGGAAUGUUUUACUAUAUCAUAUUUUUUUUACUAGGUUUUUCAAAUAAUCAAUCCUAUGUUAACAUGCAAUAUUAUUUGGCCAUACUUUCCAACAUCAUGAACUUUUAUUUGGCUUAUAUUUUGAUAAUUAUCAUAAAAGAAUUGUGCUUGGUAUGCGUGACUACAUAUUUGGUGAACAUUUUAAGCUUUUUGAUUGUUUCGAUUAAACGAAAAACUCUCAUAGAAAAUACUAUUAAAUCAAAAAUUGAAUAAGAUGUACAUAAUUUUAUUACUUAUGCAAUUUCCAAAUAUUAUACUAUGUUUUUUUUAACUUUGUGAUUUUUAACAUAAUAUAUUGCUUAUUUACACGAACAUUGUAGAUGAAUGUGGGCGCCAGACAAAUAACUCACAGAUGAGUGGGUUCAGGAAUUUUGGGCUUAAUAAUGGGAGUGCUAAAAUAAAAUUUAUACCAGCAAUGUCAAAUAUGAUGUGAGCUUAUACCAUUGAAAUUUUAAAUAUUAUUUGCGCCUUAUAUACACCAUACUAAAAUCUAGAAUUUGUUCAUUGUUUAUAAUACAAAUGCUACUAUCAUUGAAAAAAUUAAUUAAAACUUACUUUGAAAUUUAUGUUUAAAUUACAUAAUUCUAAUCAUUGUCAUAAAUGUAUAAUUUUUCAAAAAAGCUCAAGUAAUAUUAA